AGCUUUUGGAGUUGUCUGAAAAGGCUUCUGGAAACGAGCACAGCAGUGUGCGCACAUUCAACGGCGACUUUCAUCGCAGUUUAGGAAACCUGGUGUGUUCAGAAGAUACAAAUUCGACUCGACAAGAGCUUUGUUUUAAAUGAACAGUUAAGAUAAGUGAAGUGAUUUCAGGUUAGUUAACCAACCAACAUGGGCACGAAAAAUAUGCAAGGUGCUUUAACUGUCUUGCAUAGAUGGAUGUUCGGAGUCUACUUAUUGCACUCCCUGUCCGUCUUACCCGCAAUUUCAGAAGGAAAGACUGUCAAAUACCAAACCUACGAGGAAGACAUCCCUGACACUGUGAUCGGAAACCUAGCCAAGGACUUGCUGAUAAAUCCCUCUCAAGGAAGCAAGACAAAUUUCAGAAUGAUGAAACAGUUCAAUUCUUCUUUUAUAAAACUGCGAGAAAGCGACGGGCAGCUCACCAUUGGAGAGCGGAUUGACAGAGAAAGAAUCUGCAAGCAUUCUCUACAGUGUCUUAUCGCUUUCGACGUUGUCAGCUUUUCGAAAGAGCAGUUCAAACUGAUCCACGUUGAGGUGGAAAUAAAAGACAUUAACGAUAACUCUCCAGAAUUUCCCAACCAAGAAUCUACCUUGGAGAUUUCGGAAAGCGCAGCAGUGGGUACCCGAUUUCCCUUAGAUGUUGCGGUUGACGAAGAUGUGGGUUUAAACUACAUUCAGAGCUACCAAAUUUCAGUCAAUAGUCAUUUUACCAUUGAAGUCCUGAACAGAGCGGAUGGGGUUAAAUAUGCGGAGCUUGUGCUAAUGAAAGAACUCGAUAGGGAAGCCCAGUCAUCACAUAUUUUAGAGCUUGUUGCCACAGACGGAGGGAACCCACCCAGAUCCGGUGUCACUAGAAUAAAUAUUAAGGUAAAAGACUUCAACGACAACAGCCCAGUGUUUGACCAGAAUAAUUUCUCUGUUGAGCUGCAAGAAGAUGCGCCAGUGGGAUUUCUCUUGUUGGACUUAAACGCAGUGGAUCCCGAUGAGGGUUUAAAUGGUGAAGUUGUUUACGGAUUCGGUAAUCAGGUGUCUGUUGAGAUCAGACAACUUUUCAAAGUGGAUCGCAAAUCAGGACGUUUAACGCUCGAAAGCCCGAUCGACUUUGAGACCAAGAAAACGUAUGAAUUAGAUGUGCAGGCUUCUGACUUGGGUCCCAACCCUACCCCUUCAAUCUGCAAAAUUAUUAUUCAUGUCCAAGACGUGAACGACAACGCUCCCGAAAUCAGUAUUACUCCCAUGACUUCAAUUACUGCGGGCAUCGCCUACAUCACUGAAGCUGCAGCGAAGGACAGUUUUGUGGCUCUGAUCAGCACCUCGGACAGAGAUUCAGGCGCAAAUGGGCAGGUUCACUGCACUCUCUAUGGACACGAUCACUUUAAGCUCCAGCAAGCCUAUGAAGACAGUUAUAUGAUUGUAACCACAACAUCUCUAGACAGAGAAAAGAUAUCUGAAUAUAAUUUAACGGUGGUCGCCGAGGACCUGGGGUCACCCCCCUUUAGAACAAUAACUCAGUACACCAUCAGGCUCAGUGAUGAGAACGACAACGCCCCUCUUUUCAGCAAACCAAUUUAUGAAGUUUCGGUUGUGGAAAAUAAUGCGCCAGGCGCAUACAUCACCACGGUGGUUGCAAGAGAUCUGGAUCUGGGACACAAUGGGAAAGUAAUUUACCGGAUUUCCGACACUUAUGUGAUGGGCUCUCCCGUGUCUACUUUUGUGUCUGUUGACCCGGCUACCGGUUCAAUGUAUGCCUUGAGAAGCUUCAAUUACGAAGUCAUGAAGGAGCUCGAAAUUAGAAUCCAGGCAAGCGAUGGGGGCUCUCCUCAGCUUCACAGCAGCGCAAUCAUCAACAUACAAAUAGUUGAUCAGAACGACAACGCACCUUCCAUCACGCAGCCAGUUCUGACUAAUGGAUCUGCGGAAAUCUUUGUCCCUAGAGACGCGCCGUCUGGGUUCCUAAUCACCCACAUUAAAGCCAGGGAUCCGGACGAAGGCAUUAAUUCUGAGCUCUCCUAUAGACUUGUAAAGGAAGAUGAGAACAUGGCAUUUUCGAUCAACAAAGUUACAGGGGAAGUUUACUUAAAUCGCGAAUUGCACUAUAAUGUGAGGGAAAGCGUUAAAGUCAGCAUUAUUGUGAGCGACAACGGGAGACCUUCUCUGUCAUCUACUGCAACGAUUCUUUUCACUAUUAUUGAAGGGGCUCCACCUAGUGACCACGUCGUAGUCAAACAGAGCGGCGAGAAUCAGACCCCCUUUCUGUGGGAUACGUCAGUCGUGAUUAUUGUCGUUUUAGCGGGCAGCUGCUCUCUUCUUUUGCUAGCUAUCAUCUUAAUCGCGACGACCUGCAAUCGACGCAAAAAAGAAAAGAAAACGAGCAACUUCCAGGAUCAAGUGGAUAUCCCCCACCUGGAAAAAGGAAGAAACAACAGCGACUCAUUAAUAUCCAGCCACGCCGGAAACGUAUUCGAGGGUAGAACGUACUCCAGUAAAUCGUCUUUUUCAAAUUCUCAGACUACAGGCAGCGACAUGUGCUCAGGCUCUGAAGAUGGAAAUGAGAGUGCACUGUAUGAACCAGACAACAGGGUUCGGGGUUCUAAAUUAGAGGGUUAUUCCACGCUUCCCGGCUACGGUAAAGAAGCUGUCCGGCCGAUUGCCAUCUGGAAGGGUAAUUCCUUCACCACUAUUUCGGCGCGGGAUCCACAGUUCAGCGGGAAAGACAGCGGGAAGGGGGACAGUGACUUCAACGACAGCGACUCCGAUAUCAGCGGAGACGCUAUCAAGAAAGACUGCGCUCCAGUCAGCAUGCAAAAUGGUCUGUGGGCAUGCACGAGCGAGUGUAAGAUCCUGGGACACUCUGAUCGCUGCUGGAGUCCGUCAGCCAUGAGGGGAAGCGCCAGCAACCAGGCGCCGCACGCGGCUCAGCAGCUGUCUUCGUUCUCAAAGACAGCUUCGCUCCCGCGCGAAUCCCUCCGCAGAGAGAACUACUACCCGGCGCAGAUCCCUAAAACCGUGGGCCUGCAGAGCGUGUACGAGAAGGUUCUUCACCGGGAAUAUGACUAUGUCCUCGUUUCCCCUCCUCGACCUGUCAGAAUCCAAGAACUAAAUGAAAUCACGCUUCCCGUGUACACGCCCACCACAACAAGGUGCCAGUCUAAAAAUGUUUAGAACUUAACAUUGAAGCAAUACGGCAAUUUAUUUAUUACCUUUUUUUAAAAUUGAAAAUUGUUAAAAGAAUCUCUCGGGGCCAUGGGGCUAAGCACGGUAUUUAAUUCUUGGCUUUGUAAAAAGAAACAAAUAUAUCGCUUAUAUAUGUAUUUACAUUUUUUAAUGUCAGCGUAAGUCUUUUAUGAUUGUAUCUGGUCACUUGUAUGACUUUGUUUAAAGAUACUGUGUAUAUUAUGCAAGGUUUUGUACAUACAGAGUAUAUUUUUAUAAGCAUUAAUUAAAAAAAAACAAAGUUGUAUUACUGUUGGCUAUUGAUGAAGACGUGUUUUGAAAGGAAACUGCAAUCCUAACUGUUGGAUGGGCCUAAAAUCUCGCUGGGCCGAGUAAUUAUACUGCCUUAGCCUUUAAGGCUUGAAAAUGACUGUAUCAAGUUGAUAACGGUGUAUGAUAUUAUUCGAAUGUAAAAUGUCACUGUGUUUGUUUUAUAUUUUUGUCACGGCACUAUAAAUAAAAGUAUUUAAAUGUUUUA